GUAGUGGGCCGGCGUAUCUCCUCCCGUAGGCCAUAUACAUCACCGCUCAAACUCCGCCGGCUCAUCACCCCUCGAGCUCCGCCGCCGGUGGCCGGGAUCCACGGCCGGCUGUGGCUGACCCGUCCGUACUCACCUGGCACCUCCGCUGGCAACGCGUGUGCUGUACCCACCGGUCGCGCGCCAGCUUCAUCCUCCCUCGAGCCCCGCCGCCGGCCGCCCGCCCGCCAGCUUCCUCCUCCCUCGACCCCCGCCACCGGGCGCACCGCGGACUCCUGCCUCUGGAAGCUCGGCCACGUUGGCCUUGAUCUUCGCCACCGAGCGCGCCCAAGUCGCAUCGCCUACAGGUUGCAUCGGCACCGUGCACGCCAAGUGUUUGUGAUGCAGUAAAGAUUCUUCAUGAGCCUGUGAUAUCCAAAAUCUCUUCACUUCCCUGGAGCAGUCAGAGGCCAAGCAUUGACACUUUGGGGGAUCAUCUGACAUUUCAAGUACUAAUCGAUCUCAGAUUGAGCUUCUUUUUGCGAUGGCGAGGAGAUCUAGCAGGACGACAAAAUUGCAGACUGUUCUCACCGACCUCCCUGAUGCACUCAUCGUCGAGAUCCUGUCACGGCUGCCACUUAAGUCGCUGUGCUGCUGCAAGUGUGUCGACACGCACUGGUACUGCCUCAUCUCCCAUCCCGAACACCUCAAGAAGCUCCCACAGACCCUCUCCGGCUUCUUCUUUGACACUGAAGACAUAGGGCGCUGUCCCAAAGUAGCUCGGCACUUUGCCAAUAUCGGUGAACCACCUCAGAUUGAUCCCAGUUUCCCCUUCUUGCCGCCUGAGUUUGAGCUUGUCAGGCUGGAAGACUGUUGUGAUGGCCUUCUCCUGUGCUGCUCUUCUCAGCAUCCAUUCCGCCGUUUAGUUUGCAAUCCUGCUACAGAGAGAUGGGUCGUGUUACCCGCGUUGCCAGCUAACUCCAGUUGUGUAGCUCAGGAAGACACCUUUCAUUUGGUUUUCGACCGUGAUGUUUCCUCCCAUUUCCAUGUGUUUCAGAUUGUGUUGAAAGAUUGGCGGCGGGUGGCGGGCAUAAAUAUAUACUCCUCGGGAACUGGGUCAUGGAACUUCAUGGAAAGUGGGUGGGACUCUGAUUCCACAAUUUGUGGCAGAUGUGUGUUUCAUCGAGGGAUGCUGCAUUUUGUCAGCGCUCAGUCUACAGUAGUGUCGGUAGAUGUGGAGGGGAAGAAAUGGAGGGCAAUUUCAGUGCCAGAAGGAGUGGAAAGGUCUGAGCUUGGUUUUCUUGCUCGGUCCCAAGGGCACUUGCAUUACAUGGUGCACACAGGGAUUCGUCAAGAAGUUUCCAUCUGGUGUCUUGAGAAGUAUGAUUCGGAUGAAUGGACGCUGAAGCACCGUGUGAGCAAUAACAAGUUGCUGAACGCGAGAGGUAAAGUCUACUACUAUGAAUACUAUAUCAUCUCGUGUCAUCCAGAUCGUAGUUUGAUUUGCUACGCUAAUCAUCGAGACAAGACAUUGAUGGCGUAUGACACUGAUCGCGAGGAGGCUCGCGUUCUCUGCACUUUUGGGCGAGGCGAUUUGAUAUCAUGUUUUCCCUAUGUUCCGCUGUUCAGCGAUUCGAGUGUUCCCCUGAGUAGCUAGUUGCUCCUCGGUCUUGUAAACAAACGAUUUGCAGCCGUGUAAUGCUUCAAGUGCUAGCUGUGUAAUGGGAUGAUUGAGAGACUCUCCAUUGAUGAGCUCUACUUGUUAACUCAGAACUUCUAUGUACGCACUGCUACCUGCAGAAUUAUAUACUAUGUAGUUUUGUUUAUCGUUGCAUGCA